AGUUUAUAAAAACCUUUUUAUUCAUUACGAGUCCCAAACUCAAGGUAUUUACACUAAAAUGCAAAAAACGUUGAGCUUUUUAAAACAACUUAAUUGCAUAUUAAUGUAAGUUCAUGGUAGAAGAAAUAUAAAGUACUACUGGAAAUGCAUUAAAAUGUGAACGACCAUCAUUCAAAAUCGUUAAAAGUGCAGAAAUCACAAUAUUAUUGGGUUAUUGAUACAUGAAUGUGUUAAUGUCACAUUUUGUUCUAGUCUGUAUACAUGCAAUGUUCGUAAGUGAAUUUUAAUAAUAAAGAGUAAAAAUAAAGUGCAGCAAUAAGUAGGAAAAAAUGAAAUACUCAGUUAAAGUUUCUUAAUACAUUUAGCAAAUAACGCAUUGCAGGAGUUGGUUCUAGAUUAUUAACAGCAGGUUAAUUAUUAAUGUUGACUCAAUAAAAGCGUAUUCACAGGUCUGUAAAUAUUUAACUGGUUUAAUUUUAAAUGAAACUAAUACAGUACUUUAGAAUAUUUACUGAGUAUAUUAAAACAACAUGUAGCCGGAAAGUGCACGCGCGCGCGCCCGCACGCUCAUCAUUUUGAACCCAUUAACACACAGGAGGAGGAGGAGGAGGAGGAGGGGUUUGCAGCGCACACCUGAUAGACAGGCCCCGCCCACUCCUCCACUCAGGUAAUAAUUGUCCCUCCGCGUCCUCGUUCACCACCGGUUAAAAACGGCUCCAAGCUCCCACCGCGUCGUACGUCGAGGUCCCGGCUGAAACCCGCCGACGGAGCACAGGUGCGUUCUGGCGUCUCCCGGCAUGCUGGUAAAGUGGUUCCGACAGGUGCUGGCCCGGGUUUGUUUCUACGCUCGACGCGGCUUUAUUGAAGAUGAGUUUAUUUUCUCCAUGAGUUUGUGACGCUUUUAGAGCAAGUUGGACUUUUGAAGACAACGCGGCCAACAGAGCGCUGAUAAACCAACGUAGUUUCACACGGCGCGUGGGUUUUUAGCAGAGGUGGCGUAAAUCCCAGUCACGUGUCUGAUAACAGGUGUCUGCUGUGCACGUGUAAUGUUUGGUGUGAGGUGACCCAUAUCCAGGAGGAUCCUUAUCGUUGGUACCUUGGUACCGACGGAUCUUCACAUUAAGGCUGAUUUCUCUAUUAGAAGUUGCUGAAUCAAGCAAAGUCUUUGCACACAAUUUACAGGGAUCGAUCAUUUUCAGGAAAGAAACUUCUUUUUGGCGCCGAUCAUUCCUGACUAAGGAUUUGCUGCUUUUCCUUUUCUUUGGGUUUCAAUGGAUGGUGGGAUUUCCACAAAUUUUGGACAUUUGACAGUACACAGAAAUGUUAUACUUUUAUAGAAUUCAUAGGAAGCCAUUUUGAUCAUUUAUAAUCUGGUUUAAACUUUUUCAACAAAUUGAGCAGAAGUCAUUUUCACCUGUUUUUCUGCACAAAGAGGCCACUUUGGUAACUUUUUAAAUUUAAUCCUUAAUCUGAUUAAAAUGAAUUCCAUCUGGACGUUCCUUCCUAUGAGUCCGGUCUGCUCCUGUAGUUUGGGGUUUGUUUUCAUAAACCAGAAGUGACAGAGUUUCAUAAAAGAUUGUCAGACUUUGCUAAAACAACAACACUGUUGAGUCACACUUUCGUCUCUGGAAAUAGACUUUGGAUCAGAGCCAGAGAGCUAUUCCUAACCUGGAGAGACACAAGGUGUGUCUGAAUAUUUAACUUAAUUCUAAGCUGUGACUCAUUUACAUUUAAAAAUAUUUCUUAAAUUAGCAUGCUUGACCUGAAGGGAUUAUUUGUUUUGUUUGUGCUUCUGCUGCAGAUGAUCAUUUCAAAUGUGUAUUUACAAAAUUUUGAUUCAGUAAAACACUGUUUUUCUCUGCAGGAGGACGAGCUAGCAGCCCUGCUAACGGCUAACUAGCUUCAGGAACAGUGUGAUGCAUUCAGGCUCUGUUCAGUUAAAAUAAACCUUGUAACUGUAUUUCAUCUGUAAUUAGUUUUGGUGAGAAACUAAUCGGAUGCUUUCAAAUGAAUAUUGGAGGUUAAAUUACUGCUGUAAUCAAACAGUGCCGAUCUGCUUUUGGAGGCUGCUGAACCCCGGACCCCCCUCUCGCCGCGAUGGAGGUGGAAGAUUCCUGGAAGGAAGCGUUGGACAGCUCGGAGGAGACGUCCGGCGACGCUGAGGCGCUGCUGGGUAGCUCCGCCCAGAAUCUGUCGCUGCAGCCGCCAUCUCCGCCAGAGGCCGACGCUCCGCCCAUCCGGCGCUCCCAGCCAAUCGUCAUCACCGUGAACCGGGCGAAGGGCGUAGAUUCCCUCUCUUCCUCCGUACCGAACCCUUUCCCCGAGCUGUGCAGCCCCUCAAAGUCUCCGGUGCUCGUCGGUUCGUUUCCCCCCCCGACCAGCAACAAACACCUGAUCAAGGUGUACGGCGAGGACAGCCACAGCCGGUCGGUGUGGGUUUCUCGAGGCGCGACAACCAGGGAGGUUUGUCACAUGCUGGUCCAGACGGCUCACUGCAGCGACCAGGAGAACUGGGCCCUCCUGGAGGUCCACCCCACGCUGGGUUUAGAGCGAUGUCUGGAGGACCACGAGGUCGUGCUGGAGGUUCAGGCCACCUGGGCACUCAAAAGCGACACCAGGUUCGUUUUCUGCAAAAACUACGCCAAGUACGAGUUCUUCAGGAAGCCGAUGGCCUUCUUCCCAGAGAGCAUGAUCUCUGACAGCGCUGACGACAACAAGGGGAUGACGUCAUCAGACCUCAUCCAGAACCUGCUGGUGUCUGGGACCUGUCCAGAGAUCCAGGGCUUCCUGCAGGUCAAAGAGCCCAGCCGCAAAUCCUGGAAGAAGGUCUAUUUCUUCCUCCGCCGCUCCGGCCUCUACUGCUCCAACAAGGGCUCCUCCAAGGAGCCUCGACACCUGCAGUACGUCGCUGAUCUGGACGACUUAAACGUUUUCACGGUGGUGAACGGCCGAAAACUGUACGGAGCGCCAUCGGACUUCACCUUCAGCAUCAAGCCUACCAAAAAUCCCCCCCGACUUCAGGACCUGAAGAUCUUGAGUGGCGACAGCGAACAGACUCGAACGUGUUGGACAUCGGCUUUCAGGCUCUUCAAGUACGGGAAGCAGCUCCAGUCCAAUUACCAGCUGUCAAAGGCGCCCCCGGAAGCAGCCAAAGAUGUGAAGGCGAAGUCGGAGGCCAGUCUGGUGGCCAUGGACUUCUCAGGGAAGACUGGAGGACGCGUCAUCCAGAACCCUGUGGAGGCCCAGAGCGCCGAGAGGGAGGAGGGACAAGCGUGGAGGAGGAGAGAAGCUCUGAGGAGCAGUCUGCCGAACCUCAACACUGCAGCCAAAUCCUCCACGGCCGUCCACAAGUCCCAGCCCUGGUUCCAUGGCCGCGUGUCCCGGAAGGAGACGCAGAGGCUGAUAGAGAAGCAGGGCCUCGUGGACGGGAUGUUCCUGAUCCGUGAGAGCCAGCAGCACGCCAAGUGCUUUGUCCUCUCACUGUGCUACAAGCUGAAGACCAAACAUUACCUGGUGAUCCCUUGCGAGGACGACGGCCGGAGGUACUUCACCAUGGACGACGGCGUGACCCUCUUCAUCGACCUGCUGCAGCUGGUGGAGUUCCACCAAAUCAACAAGGGCAUCCUGCCCGUCUGCCUCAAGCACCCCUGCGUCUGUGUGGCGCUGUGAAGCCCUCCACCAAUCGGACACCCGCCUCCCCGUCAUGUGAUCAUGGAAGCUGAGCGGAUGAACACUGAGGGUUUGAGAGACGUGGACUGGCGGGCGGGGGAGGGUUUACCUCCUCCUCCCCUCUCUUAUGCGUUUUAAUUUUUAACGUUUUAACCAACGCCUCCUUGGCCCGUCGCCGUGACUCAAGAGCUCGAGUAGUGCCCUUUGAUCCGGAUCCACUUUGAUCUAAAGGUUCUUUUCACUGAGCGACUGAGGCCACCAGAGGGCGCUCUGACCCAAUCUCCUCCCCCCCCCCCCCCUCCCUGGUGAAGACUUGAAGACAUGUAGCAGAGCUCCUUAACCGCUCUGUUUAACUGGAGUGGGUUCAGGGCUCAUCGCUGUAUUUGCACAACGAGCUGCGUUUUGUAAUGUUUAAUCAACCAAAUGUAUUAAUGCAGACUGUUUUUAUGAGGAUUUUUUAUUUUCUUUUAUUGAGGAAGACAUUUUUUGGUGAAAUUAUUUUUUUUUUUAAGAAAUAGACAUUUAGUUUUCCUGCUGAAUUCAACAAAGGGAACUUUCAAAGUCAACAAUUAUAAAUAUUAAGUAAAACUGAAUCACAUAUUUAAUUCUUUGGAACUUCCUUCAGAAUUUUUGUUAAUGGUAGUUUUCUUUUACUUUGAUUAUUUGCACUGACCGUUUGCCUUUUAUUAUGAGAUGUAUAUUUUUUACUUGGGUUUGUUCGUGUUAUACAUUUGAAAUUAUUUUGUGGCAUUUCCUAACAAUUUUUUUUAUAUUUUUGAAUAAACAGUUUCAUAUUAAACUUUUCCAAAUAUUUCAAUUGUCUGACAUCCAAACCAAAAAAGGGCACUUAUCACAACACAAACUACCACAAGGAGUCCAAUGGGACUGUAUGCAAGAGGCAGCCCUCCCCUGAAGCAUC